GCCUCGCUGAGCACUAUGCCUUCGAUAAAGUUGCAGAGUUCUGAUGGAGAGAUAUUUGAAGUUGAUGUAGAAAUUGCCAAACAAUCUGUGACCAUCAAGACCAUGCUGGAAGAUUUGGGAAUGGAUGAUGAGGGAAAUGAUGAUCCUGUUCCUUUACCAAAUGUUAAUGCAGCAAUUCUAAAAAAGGUCAUUCAGUGGUGCACCCAUCACAAGGAUGACCCUCCUCCUCCUGAGGAUGAUGAGAACAAAGAAAAGCGGACAGAUGAUAUUCCUGUUUGGGACCAAGAAUUCCUGAAAGUUGACCAAGGAACACUUUUUGAACUUAUUCUGUCUGCAAACUACUUAGACAUCAAAGGGAAAACUCCUGAGGAGAUUCGUAAAACCUUCAAUAUAAAAAACGACUUUACUGAAGAAGAAGAGGCCCAGGUACACAAAGAGAACCAGUGGUGUGAAGAGAAGUGAAAAUACUGUGCCUGACACUGUAACACUAGAAGGGUUGUUCUAAACCCUUGCACUGCUUUGUUUAUAAUUGUUAAUAUUAGAAAACAGUAGACAAACACAGCCUUGUCCUCAUUGCCUGUGUAGUUCCAGUACAGAUUUGAUCUAUGGCUGAGUUUCUUCUAUGAGCAAAGUUUUUUUUUGUUUUUUCUGAUUACUCUGAAUAAAACGGAACUUUGGGUUCUCUGUGGAAAGUGGCAUUUUGGGCUUUCCCUCUUUCUGUAAAGCAAUUUCUGCCUAGUUCAUUGUCCAGUUAAUUUCAGUGAGCCUUUCUAAGUUGGCAUUGUAAAUAAAACAACUUAUGAGAAGUAUGCUGAAAUAGAAUUAACAAAACAUGAUCUUUGUUCAUGGAGUCGGAAACUGGAACACAGCAACUUGAAGUUAAUGUUGUGAAUGGGGUUGUCAGGAUUAGGAUAUCUUUCAGCCUCUCUGCUGCUGGUAAACUUGUACACAGUUGGGCUCUCUUAAUUAGAUCUGAGGACUUGUUUUUUCUUCUUUAAUUUUUAAUAUGUUGCUAGAUAUGUAGUUUACUCUACCCAGUUUGGUUUUGGAGGGGCUGUAACUAGAUAUUUUCUUGCUUUUCAAUUAAAAAAGACACUUACUUCAUGUGGUAUGUCAUCUUUUUAAUCAUCAUUGUUCCACUUGGGGAAAGACACUACUUGCAUGUAAAAAAUAAUUUAAUCUUUAACAUUAAAGUGUACUGCAAAACCCAGAAAACAGCCUUACUAAAUGCAAGAUGCGUUUCAAUAAAAAGUAAUACAAU